UUUGAUUACAUUUUUUUUUUGUUUUCUUCUUGCACUUUACUGUUUAUUUUUUAUCAAUUUUUUUAUUUUUACUUGCAUUUUAUAAAUCAGAAUUUGAUUUUCAAAUAUUAAUGAAUUUAUUUAAAAGAAUUGGAAAUAUAUUUAUGAAAAUGGCACCUCGACGAAAGCCUGUCAAUUUACCCGAGAAACUUAUCCAGCAAGAAGAUAAGAUCAAAGUUGAACCAAUCAAUGACAUUGAAGAUUUAAUUAAAAAAGAACCAAUCACAUCACCGUAUUUCUCGCCAAUGAAAACAAGAAAUCAAAGAUUAAAUGCAGAUAUUAAACCAACUUCGUCGCUUGCUAGUCAAGUGAUUCCCCCUCAAGUUCUUGUAAAAAAUGUUAAACAAGAACCAAAACCUAAAAAACAGUCUGUAAGAGAGACUAAGAAACAAAAAGAAAUGCAAGCUAUUCUUGAAGGUUUAAAGAAACUUCCCGAAGUCGACGAUGGUCCUUUGGAAGUUUUUGUUAAGCCAGAACCUGUGACAAUAGUUGAACCUAUUGCCACCAAACUUAAGAAAACUGUUAAAACCAAAAGAGUUCCUAAAGAAACAGCAAAGUCUGUUAAAAGCAAGUCUGCUAACGAAACCCCUGAAUCCUCAAACCAAACAGUGGCUAUUAAGAAUGAAGAGUCCCCAUCUUCACCCAUAAAAGUAGUUAAACGAAAAUCUAAAGACUCUUCAAAGUCCCCAGAACACAAACUAGAAAGAUGGGAACCAAAUAAUUGGUCACAAAUUCUUGAUAACAUACGAGUUAUGCGAGCGAAUGUACCAGCUCCAGUUGACACUAUGGGGUGUGAUAGAUGUGCCGAUGAGAAUGCGGAUGAGAAAACAAAGAGGUUCCAUGUUCUAUUGGCACUGAUGUUGUCAAGUCAGACCAAAGAUGAAGUCACUCAUGAGGCUAUGAAACGUUUAACAGCCGAUAAUAAUUGUACGCCACAAAUAAUUGCCGAUAUGGAACCGCAGAAGUUGGAGACACUACUUUAUCCAGUGUCUUUUUACAAAAAUAAAGCAAAGUACCUUAAAAAUACAUCCAAGGUUCUCGUCGAGGAAUAUAAUUCGGAUAUACCCAAUGAUAUUAAAGGUUUAAUGAAAUUACCAGGAGUUGGACCAAAGAUGGCACAUAUUUGCAUGAAUGCCGCUUGGGAUAUAGUCACUGGAAUAGGUGUUGAUGUGCAUGUCCAUCGAAUCUCAAAUCGUUUAGGUUGGGUGCGUCAGGAAACCAAACAACCCGAACAAACUCGAAAAGAAUUAGAAUCUUGGUUGCCAUCGGCUCACUGGAAAGAAGUUAAUCAUUUAUUGGUUGGAUUUGGACAAACUGUUUGCACCCCACUUAAACCAAAAUGUGGUGAAUGUUUAAAUAAAACAAUCUGCCCGGCAGCUUUUCUUGUUAAGCCUAAAAAAGUUAAACCAGAAAAAGUAGUUUUGUAAUCAAAAAAUUGAAAAAAUUGUUUUCUUCCUAUUUUUUUUUUUCUUUCUGUGAAAUGAAAUUUAAAGGUUUUUCUUUUGAUUUCGUGUAAAAUAUCAUAUAUCUAAUAACAGCCAUACUGUUUUCAUUGAAUAAAAGUCUCAUUUAUUUAAAACAUA